AUGGAAAACUUGCUGUGUGAUGAGGCGUGGCCGUCCAGCCCUGUAGCGCCCAUUGAUCAUCAGAGUACAGAGAGCUACCGUGGUUCGUUUUAUCCGACUAAGGAAGACUCCGAGGAGGCCCUUUCUAUCUACCUGGAGAAGGAGAUCAGUUACAUGCCUGAAGCUAAUUACGUGGAGCAUCUCCGGUCGCAAAAUUUGACCAAUGCUAGAUAUAGAGCCACUCGGUGGCUUUUUCGGUCCAGAAGUCGCUUGAAUCUCCCUUUUGGAGCUGCUUUCAAUGCUGCAAAUUACCUUGAUCGGUUCAUAUCUAUGAAUCAAUGCAAUGGAUGGAGCUAUUGGAUGGUUGAAUUAUUGUCUGUUGCGUGCUUAUCUGUUGCCUCCAAGUUCAGUGAAACCUGCACUCCUACGUUGCAUGAAAUUCAGAUGGAGGAUUUGGGCCAUUCAUUUGAGUCAAACACAAUCCAGUGGAUGGAAUUGACGCUGUUAAAGGCCUUAGGAUGGCGUCUUAGCUCUACAACGGCUUAUUCUUACAUGGAAUUGUUGAUAUGUAGCAUUGACUCCUUGAAACCUCUUCAAGAAGAUAUUACUACCCGAGUCACUAAGUUACUUCUUGCAGCUAUUUCAGAUUCAAGAUUGUUGGAGUUUAGGCCAAGUGUUGUUGCUGUAUCUGCUCUUUGGUGCAGUCUAGACGAGAUACUAAUUCCAUCAAUAUCCAAUGCCUACCUCCCCUCCAUUACAAGACUCUUUAAUAAAGCUCAAAAGGAUGAUUUGGUCAAGUGCCAUAUGAUCAUGGAAGCUCAACAGCAGGUCGGCUCUUUGCACAACUUAACACACUAUCAUGACUGCCCUUCAAGUCCCACGACAGUGUUGCUGAAGCAGCCCAUUGACAUAUGUGACUGCCAUGUCAAUUUCUCUUUCUUGAAGAUCCGUGGUCCAAACAGCAAUCUUAUCAAAUCAAGUAGGAAGAAAAGAAAGCGGGAAGAACAGUAA